AUGGAAGUCUUAGAUUGUGAAGAAUCUUCAUGUCAAUCUUGCCAGUGUGACGGUGAUACUGUACAAGCAGAGGGUUAUUGUGUGAACUGUAACGAGUUUUUAUGUUCAUCGUGUAUCAACGCACAUGAAAAGUUGGCUAGCACCAAAAAUCACGUGAUCAAAUCCAAAAACGUUAUGCCGAAAUUUCAGAUUAAAAGUGACCAAUGCACUGAGCUCUGUGAUAUUCAUGAUAAUGAAUUAGUGCAGUUUUAUUGUCUCGAGCACGAUCGUGUUGGGUGUAGAGAGUGUAUUCUUCUUCAUCAUACCUCUUGUGAGAUUCAGCUAGUUUCAUACGAGUCGUGUAACUUUAACAAUAGCGACGAUCUCCUUCUUAUCAAACACAGACUUGAUCAUCUGAAGAAAAACAUAUUUUCAUGUAAAGGAGAAAUAAACAGUAGCCUGAAAACAGCGGAUAAAAGAAGGACUGCUGUUGUCGAAGAAAUUAAACAGUUCCGUAAAGAGAUCGACAACUAUCUGGACAAAAUGGAAGCAGAACUUAUACAAAAAGUCGACGAAGUAAAUGAUAGAGAUGUGUAUUCACAAGGAAAACUUCAAGAUCAAUGCGAGGCAUUACUUGAUGAAAUUGAAGAUUAUCAAAGUAAACUAGAUCAGUGUAAAAACAACAUGAGUAAUUUGUUUGUCAUAUCUAAACGCGUACAAGAAAGACUACAGAUAUAUCAGAAAUUAAAUGAGGAAAUUUCUUCUAAAAGUCACAUAAACACUGUAAAAUUUUCAGCCUCUGAAGAUAUAAAUGCUUUGAAAUUAAACAACACAUGUCUUGGGCACCUGGAGACACAAUUGGAGAAGUUUUCAGGUAAAUGCAAGGAAACAAUAUUUGACAAGAGGAAACAAUUUGUACAGAAAUUUAACGUGCAGGCAAAAGAUGAAAAUGACUGUUACAUCACCGGAAUGACACUCAUAUCUGAUUCUGAAAUUCUCUGCGCUGAUAAUGAAAACGAAUCAUUGAAAGUUUUGAAUCAUAGAGAAGGUAAGAUCACAACAAUACUGAAAACAACAACGUGUCCUAGGGACGUUACAACCAUUAAUUCCUCAUCUGCUGCGACAACUUUACCAUCUGAAGGCAGAAUCUUGUUUCUAAAUACUAAAGUUGGAUUAACUGAAAGCCACAGUCUGAAUGUUAGGCAAGGAUGUUACGGAAUAGAUCAUCGCAAUGGUAUCAUGGCAGUGUCCUUUGUUGAACCUCCCGCUGUUCAAGUUAUAAACAUGGAAGGUGAUAUUCUACAUGAAGUCAGGGAUACCGGCAUAUUGGAAUUUCCACAAUUUAUAUGUCUGAAUACAAAUAAUGAGAGCAUAUUUGUAUCAGACAGUGACAAUAAUGCCUUGUAUGAAUUUACAGUGAACAAACAACUAAAAGCUGUAAAUAAAACGGAUAUGGGACCUCCAUUCGGCAUAACAGUGACCAACUGUGGUUCUGUUUUUGUAUGUUAUCCGUUUAAAAGUGAGAUGAUUGGAGUGAUUGUACCAGGUACAACACAAAUUACACAUUUUCAUAUACGUGAUGCUCUUGAACCAACGUCUAUCAUCGUAUCUGAAGAGGAGCAAAGAGUGUUCAUCAGUGAAAGUAAUUACUCAGAAGAUUGCAACUUCAUAAAAGUAAUUGACCUAAAAUAG